AUGGCUAGCUAUGGUUUAAAAGCAAUAGACGUGACCAUAAAGAGGGAGAGUGAUCUUCCCGCUGCCGACCCCAACACUCCCAUCCCACUGAAGUACGAGGAGAGGAGCACGACAGGAGCCUCCGUGCCCGACAACGGCCUCUCACUGCUGUUAGAGAGAACCGGGGUCGUGCACGAGGACCAGAAGCACCCCACGCGCUCUGGGAUGAUCCCCGGAUCCUGGCAGCACCGGCUGAAGAUGCAGCUCUUUCUCAAAGCAGCUAAAGCUUAUUAUGUGCUGUCUGACGCCGCAUCCACCCUGCUCAAGUACGGACGAGCUCUGCGCUACGUCAAGCUGUCCCUGCAGUGCUACGACGCCUACUGCUCGGUCAGCGGUGCUCUCCACGCCCACGUGCUGCACUUCCACAGCCAGUGCCUGUCUCUGUGCGGGGACAUCCAGCUCAUGUUGGCCCAGAACGCCAACAAUCGAGCGGCCUACAUGGAGGAGUACAACUACCAGACCAAAGAGGACCAGGAGAUCCUCCACAGCCUGCACCGAGAGAGCAGCUGCCAAGCCUUCAACAUGGCCACAGACCUGGCCUUGGACCCCGAGUACCAGCUGUUUGUGAGCGGCAAGUGUUACGAGGCGGCCCAGGAGCUGCUGCUGUGCGACGCUCUGAAGGACGGCGCCGGAGAGCAGCUCAAGCAGGUGCUCAAGCGUCUGGGGAACAUCCGCAACGAGAUGGGAGUGUUCUACAUGAACCAGGCUGCCGCCAUGCAGAGCGAGAAGGAAGUGAAGACGAGCGUGUCUGUGGCUGAGCAGGAAAUCUGGAAGAAGAGCUUCAGUCUGUUUGAGAAAGGCAUGAAGGACUUUGAGGCGAUCGAGGACAGCACCAACACGGCGCUGCUGCUGUGCAACACCGGCAGACUGAUGCGCAUCUGUGCCCAGGCUCACAGCCCCGUGUUCGACGACCUGAGCAGAGACGAGUUCUCACCAGAGGAGGCGCUCUACCACAACAAGGCCAUAGACUACUACCUACGUGCAAUGAAGUCCUUGACCACUAGAGGGAGCCAUCCAGCCGUUUGGGACAGUGUGGUCUGGGAGCUGUCCACCACAUACUUCACUCUGGCCACUCUGCUGCAGGACUACGCCCCGCUGUCCAGGAAGGCUCAGGAGCAGAUUGAGAGAGAAGUGACGGAGGCCAUGAUGAAGUCUCUGAAGUACUGCGACCUGCAGACGGAAUCUGCCCGACAGCCGCUGUACCAGUACAGAGCCGCCACCAUCCACCACCGCCUGGCCUCCAUGUACCACAGCUGCUUCAGGAACCAGGUGGGGGACGAGGCCCUGAGGAAGCAGCACCGCAGCCUGGCAGAGCUGCACUACAGUAAAGCCGUGAGUCUGUUUCUCAGUCUGCGGGACGCGCCCUGUGAGCUGCUGCGCACGCUGCUGGAGAGAGUGGCCUUCACUGAGUUCACCAUGGCAGGUCAAAGCAGCAACACCGCCAAGAUGAAGAGUCUGACCGCGGCUCUGGACGUCAUGGCGGAGACGAGACACGCCUUUCAGCUCAUUCACAAAGAGCUGAUGGAGGAGGAGAUGGAGAAAGAACAGGACGAGGCCGAAUCCGGAGAACCCACAGAAGAUUCCCCGACCAAUGACGGCGCAGGACUCAACAUCCAGGAAGUGACCAAGCUCAUCGGUGUCUUCGAACCCAGCUUCUCCUUCCUGUUGCUCCAAGUCAUAAAGAUUCUCACGACGAUAAAACGCAAAUCAAGCAGUAAGGACGAGGAGCUGCUGAAGACGUACAAAGAUGUGUAUUCCAAGUUACUACGCGGCGAGAAGGGCGGCCCGAUGCUCACGCGGGUCAAGUUUUACAUCGAGCUUUUAAAUCAGCUCAAGGCAGAGACAAAAAACUCAGAUGUAUAG